UCCCUCCCUCCCUUCCCGACUGGGUCGGUCCGCUGGGGUGCCGAAUCCCCUCACGGCUGGGACGCGCCGAACUCCCAGCAGGAGUCUGCUCUGUGGAGCCUGGUCCCUCCCUUCCCCUUCCCUGCCCCCUUCCCCCACCCCCGACGCGGGCUCAGCGCGGCGGCCGGAGGAACCCCCGAGCCACCCCGGGCCCCUGAGCUGGAGGAAUGGAGAACUCCUCAGCGGCGUCAGCCUCCUCCGAGGCAGGAAGCAGCCGCUCCCAAGAGAUCGAGGAACUGGAGCGCUUCAUUGACAGCUACGUGCUGGAGUACCAGGUGCAGGGGCUGCUGACGGACAAGCCGGAAGGUGAUGGGGAGAGCCAGAGGACACAGUCCCACAUCUCCCAGUGGACUUCUGACUGCAGAGAGCAGCUGGAUGGUGGCUGUUCCUUCUCCAGAGGGCGAGCCCCGCCACAGCAGAAUGGCAACAAAGACAGCUCUCUAGACGUGCUGGGCACAGAUAUCUGGGCCGCCAACACCUUUGACUCCUUCAGUGGUGCCACCUGGGACCUGCAGCCUGAGAAGCUGGACUUCACCCAGUUCCAUCGGAAGGUGCGCCACACUCCCAAGCAGUCCCUGCCACACAUCGACAGAGAUGGGUGUGGAAAAGGGAAGCUGGAAGAUGGGGAUGGCAUCAACCUCAAUGACAUCGAGAAGGUCCUCCCAACCUGGCAGGGCUACCACCCUAUGCCCCAUGAAGUGGAGAUCGCACAUACCAAGAAGCUGUUUCGGAGGCGGAGAAACGACCGAAGACGGCAGCAGAGACCUCCAGGAGGGAAUAAACCCCAACAGCAUGGCGACCAUCAACCAGGAAGUGCCAAACACAACAGGGACCACCAGAAAUCCUACCAGGGGGGCUCAGGGCCCCACCCCUCAGGGAGGCCCACACACCACGGCUACAGCCAGAACAGGCGCUGGCACCACGGUAACAUGAAGCAUCCACCAGGAGACAAAGGAGAAGCAGGCAGCCACCGCAACGCCAAAGAGACCGUGACCGUUGAGAACCCCAAACUUGAAGAUAGCCCAGGGGACACCGGACACAGUGGCCUUGAGCCAACCUGCAGUCCUGACACUCUGGCCCCAACAUCCUCUGAGAGGCCAACCCCACAGCCGCCAGGGGGCCCAGAGGCUGAGACCAAGCAUAAAGACAGUGUUCUUCCCGAGCGCCCUGGGGAGCGGCCCAGAAUCACCCUGCUCCAGUCUUCCAAAGACAGGCUGAGGCGAAGACUGAAAGAAAAGGUACCGGAGGAAGUGACGGUAGAGACAAGCAAUCCUCAGCCAAACAAGAUGGACAAGUUGAUGGAGAUCCUGAACAGCAUGAGGAACAACAGCAGCGAUGUGGACGCCAAGCUCACCUCCUUCAUGGAGGAGGCCCAGAACUCCACCAACUCCGAGGAGAUGCUGGAGGAGAUCGUGCGAACCAUCUACCAGAAGGCCGUGUCGGACCGCAGCUUUGCCUUCACAGCCGCCAAACUCUGCGACAAGAUGGCACUCUUCAUGGUUGAGGGGACCAAGUUCCGGAGCCUGCUCCUCAACAUGCUUCAGAAGGACUUCACUGUGCGUGAGGAGCUGCAGCAACAGGAUGUGGAGCGCUGGCUGGGCUUCAUCACCUUCCUGUGUGAGGUGUUCGGCACCAUGCGGAGCAGCACGGGCGAGCCCUUCCGAGUGCUGGUGUGCCCCAUCUACACGUGCCUCAGGGAGCUCUUACAGUCUCAGGAUGUGAAGGAAGAUGCUGUCCUCUGCUGCUCCAUGGAGCUACAAAGCACAGGCCGGCUGCUGGAGGAGCAGCUGCCUGAGAUGAUGACAGAGCUCCUAGCCAGCGCUCGCGAUAAGAUGCUAUGCCCCUCAGAGUCCAUGCUCACCCGGUCCCUGCUCCUGGAGGUCAUCGAGCUCCAUGCCAACAGCUGGAACCCUCUGACGCCCCCCAUCACGCAGUACUACAACAGGACCAUCCAGAAACUGACAGCCUGACAGAGAAAGGGGCCUGGCGGGCAGCCCGUGGGCAGCUGGGGCCCUGGUCCACAGGGCCAGAUGGACAGGCGAAAGGACAGGGGUAGCCCUGGUGGGAAAAACAAAUGAGCAGGGAGGCCGGCAGCAGCAGUGGCCAGUCUGGAACCAGUCACGGAGGGGACGGGAUACCUCAGAAGAGCUCCCCCGUGUCGCUCCCCAGCCUGAGCAUGUGGCAGCUCGCACCAAGGGAAGCAUGUUUCUUUGUCCUGGUGGUCACCCGCGCCCUUGCUCUCCUGGGCUCUAGUCCUCCCCGCCCCCGCCCCCGCCCCCUGCCUUCCAGCCCAUCCCCCAUAGAGCUUUAUGGGCGGAAUCUCUGCCACUCCUCACUGUCUCCAGCUGCCUCUCAGCCUCCCACACCUCUGGCCACGGGCUGGGUCAGCCAGGACUGCUGAGGGCUGAAAAAGUGGGUCGAGACGGCUCUCAUUGUUCCCACGUGCCGCCCGCCGCAGUCGCCAACUGGCAGCCGGCAACGUGUAGCAGAUGUCUGGGAGGACAAAGGCAGGCACGGUCCCCACCAGCCGCCCACAAUUGACAGCCUUUGUCAGCCCCAGAGGAGCUGGGGAAAGGGCCCCCCACCCCUUCUAACCUUCGUGUUUCACCCUCCUAACUUCAGUUCCUCCUACUUUCAGCCUCCAGCCCCAGGGCCUGCUGCUCCCUCUGGGCAGAGGAGGGAGUUGGGACACCCAGCUCAGCUUGCUCCCUUUUAUUUUGUUUUUCCACUAGAUGCUUUGAAGUCUCUCUUCUCAAUGAGAAUGCCCUCAAUGUGAUCCCACAGUCGUCGCCUCGAAGACCCCCCUGAUUAGUGGGAGAUCAAACCUUGCCCCCUCUGUAAAGAAUCUAGCCACAAACAGCUUGCCAGUAGCCAGCUAGUAAUUGGAAACUUCCGCCCCAUUGGGGGUCCCCACUGGAACCCUGUCCACUGCUAGCUUCCAAAGGGCUGAUACUGUCCCCUGGACUGCCUUAGGACCUGCCCUGGCCCGUUACUAUGGCAAACGGGGCCAGAAACGAUGCUGGCGAAUUAAAACCAAAUGCAAGUCUUGUUCCAAGCAACUGCUGGAGGAAGAGCCGCUGCUGGCUUCUUGGGUCUGGGAGCCUCAUCCGUGGGUUGUGUCCUUGCCCUCACCUCAUCCCUGGAAAGGCCUCCCAGACUGAUGGGGAGAGGAAAGCCUUGGAGUCGUGACUGGGGGACAGUUGGUAGGUGACCAGGCAGGCAGCCAGGUGGAGUUCUUCAGGCUAGCAACAAAGCUAGGGGUUCUCGAAAGGUUUUGGUCCCAGGGAGUAACCCUUCUUCUGUACCGGCUAGAGAGGAGGAUGUGGUUCAGCCCAAGAGGCUGGUCUCUGUGUGGUGACUGGUGGCUGCUCCGCCUCAUCUCUGGGAAGCAGGAACCCACACUUUGAUGCUUCCCCAGAAUAUGGCUUCCCAGUGUGUUGCUUUUACUGGGAUUGGUCAUCCUCUAGGCCAUGUUGGAGGCGCUUGAGCAGUGAUUCUCAACCUGUGGGUCGAGACCCCUUUGGGGGUCAAGCAACCCUUUCAUAGGGGUCGCAUAUCAGAUAUUUAUAUUACAAUUCAUAACAGUAGCAAAUUACAGUUAUGAAGUAGCAGUGAAAUAAUUUUACAGUUGGGGGUUCACCCCAACAUGAGGAAUUGAAUUAAAGGGUUGCAGCAUUAGGAAGGCUGAGACCCACUGCUCUUGGGGCUUCCUAGUUCAAAUCAGGCUGGCUAGAGUAAGGAAGGUUUCUCUUAAUUGUUUCAAGUCUAGAAGAUGAGAAGGGGAUGUUGGGGUGAGGGAGUCCCCAAUCUCCCUGGCUCUCCCCAACUGAAAUCUGGUAAAGAUGGGGCCUCAAAAGGACCUGCUGGGAAGAAGGCAUAGAGGUCAAUGGCCACCCCAGCUUUGAUCUCUUUCCUCUCCCCCUUCCCAUCUUUCUUUUCUCUACUUCUGGCUGCCUUGUCUCCCAUUCCAGCCCUUAGGCUGAGCCUGGAGCCCAGGGACACUUCCAAGCCCCACAGGUGGUGUUGAGGGAAAUGCAGGGCAGAUGCGUGCAGAGAAGGCCCCAGGGAAACCUUGCUCUUGUAGAAUGGGGCGGCCCAGGUCCACAGGCACCUGCUCUCUGCAGUUUCGGGGAGCCACAGGUGUCCUUGCGUGGGCCAGCUUCCCAGGCGUCUCUAAGGCUGGCAUGUGUGAGCGUGAAUGCUUGCACACACACAAGUGUAUAUAAGCAUCUGCUGAGCGUGAAGCAGGGCCAUGAGAAAGAAAGAGGCUGAUGGUGGAGGUUGAAGUCACGGGAGUAGGGGAGGUCUCCUAGGCUCCAUAUGGGGGCUCCCAAACACUGUGUAGAGGCGGAGACUGUAGCUUUGUGGGUACCGUGGACCUAAUGCAGCUCCUUCUUAGCGGCCUAUUGGGGGGGGGGGUCUUUCCUCAAGAGCAGCCCCUUCUAGGGCCCUGAGGACCAGUAUGAAGAUGCAAGAUAUAAAUAUGUAUACAUAUAUAAAUAUAUUUUUAAUUACA